AUCUGUCGUCGCUAUUUGUCCAAAAAUAUCUCGCUUCCCAAGAUCUCGCCACGUCUCACCCUGCUCUCCUACGUGUCACUAUUAACGUCUCCCCGCUCCUCUUCUUUUCCUUUAAAAAAACCCCCCCAUUGUUUCCUCCACUAUAAACACACACAAAUCGUUUCUCUUUCUUUCCCUUUCUCUGCUCACACUAUUUCUCAGUAAAAUCAUAUCCAUCAAAUCCAUUUCCUCCUUGAUUUUCUGAAAAUGGCUACCAGAAAGCUUAUAGUCGAGGUCUGCAACGCCAAGAAUUUGAUGCCGAAGGACGGUCAAGGGACGGCUAGUGCAUAUGCGAUUGUUGAUUUUGACGGUCAAAGACGGAGGACGAAGACAAAGUUCCGAGAUCUGAAUCCGGCGUGGGACGAGAGGUUGGAGUUUCUUGUGCAGGAUACGGAGUCGAUGGCGACGGAGAUUUUGGAGAUUAAUUUGUAUAAUGAUAAGAAGGCCGGGAAAAAGAGUACUUUUCUCGGUAAAGUGAAGCUCGCUGGAAGCACUUUUGCUAAAGCCGGAUCUGAGACUCUGGUGUAUUAUCCGUUGGAGAAGCGGAGUGUGUUUUCUCAGAUUAAAGGUGAGAUCGGAGUCAAAGUUUGUUAUGUAGAUGAAGAUCCGCCGGUAGAUGAUUCCGCUGCCGAGCAGAAAACAGAGCAGGCACCGCCAGCGGAUGCAUCGGAGGAGAAGCGGCCGGAGACUCCGAAGCCAGAGGAGGAGAAAAAGGAAGAAAAGGCUGAAGAGAAAAAGGAGGAGGAAAAGCCUAAAGAAGAAGCGAAAACAGAGGAGCAACCAAAUCCACCUCCGGAAGAUAAGCCUCAAGAAGGUCCUCCUGCUACAGCACCGGCCCAGGUCGUUAAUCCAUCGCUAGCGCAUGAUGAAAAAUCAAAGCAGAGAGAGAAGCUAGUGACAGGAAAACAAGCCGAUCUCAGUGUCAACGAGCUUGAACUCCGAUCUCUGUCCGGUGACCUUGGCCGCAGUACAUAUGAUCUGGUGGAUCGCAUGCCGUUUCUGUAUGUCCGUGUUGUAAAAGCAAAGCGAGCAAGUAAAGAUUCUAAUUUCCCCAUUCAUGCCAAGCUUGUGAUUGGCACUCACAGCAUCAAAACAAAGAGCCAGAGCGAUAAAGAGUGGGAUCAAGUUUUUGCAUUCGAUAAAGAAGGUUUGAACUCCACUUCUUUAGAAGUUUCUGUUUGGAGUGAGGAGAAAAAGGAAAACGACGAAUGCGUGGAGAAUUGCUUGGGAACAGUAUCGUUUGAUUUGCAGGAAGUGCCGAAGAGAGUUCCACCGGACAGUCCUCUGGCUCCACAAUGGUACAGUCUCGAGUCCGAGAAGUCGCCGGAAAAUGACGUGAUGCUCGCUGUUUGGAUCGGGACUCAGGCCGACGAGGCGUUUCAGGAGGCGUGGCAGUCGGACUCCGGCGGACUGGUUCCCGAGACCCGUGCCAAGGUGUACUUGUCCCCGAAGCUUUGGUAUUUGCGGCUAACGGUUAUCCAAACCCAGGAUUUGCAGCUAGCUUCGGGAACCGAACCUAAAGUUCGAAGUUCUGAGCUUUAUGUAAAGGCACAGCUGGGGCCACAGCUUUUUAAAACAAGCCGCACAACAGUCGGCUCAUCAUCUUCCAUCUCGGCUAAUCCAACUUGGAACGAGGAUUUGGUUUUCGUUGCGGCUGAGCCGUUUGAGCCAUUUUUGGUGGUCACCGUGGAGGAUGUGUCCAGUGGGCAGUCAGUGGGCCAUGCAAAGAUACACGUGCCGACAAUCGAACGGAGAACAGACGAUCUUGCGGAGCCAAAGUCAAGAUGGUUCAAUUUAACAGGUGGUGAAACCAAGCCUUACGCUGGCAGCAUACACGUAAGGGUGUGCUUGGAGGGUGGCUAUCACGUGCUUGAUGAAGCUGCUCACGUGACCAGUGAUGUCCGAGCUGCGGCUAAGCAACUAGCCAAGGCUCCAAUUGGGUUGCUUGAGGUCGGGAUCCGUAGUGCUACUAAUUUGCUGCCUGUCAAGACCAAAGAUGGUGCUCGCGGGACAACUGAUGCUUAUGUAGUGGCCAAGUAUGGGCCCAAGUGGGUCCGUACCCGAACCAUCCUUGAUCGGUUUAAUCCACGGUGGAACGAGCAGUAUACGUGGGACGUAUACGAUCCAUGUACGGUAUUAACCAUUGGUGUAUUUGAUAAUGGAAGAUACAAGAAGGAUGAAGAAGGAAAGCCCGGGAAAGACAUGCGUAUUGGCAAGAUCCGUAUACGGCUAUCGAAGCUUGAUACCAACAGGGUAUACCUAAAUUCAUAUUGUCUCACCGUAUUGCUACCUGGUGGAGCCAAGAAAAUGGGAGAAAUUGAGAUAACCGUUAGAUUUUCUUGCUCGUCAUGGCUUACUCUCAUCCAGACAUAUGGCAGCCCAAUGCUUCCAAGGAUGCACUAUGUCUGCCCAUUGGGUCCAGCCCAACAAGACAUCCUGCGCCACACCGCCAUGCGCAUUGUCACGGCGAGGCUAGCAAGGUCCGAGCCUCCUUUGGGUCAAGAGGUGGUUCAGUUCAUGUUGGACAGUGACACACACGUGUGGAGCAUGAGGAGGAGCAAGGCAAAUUGGUUCCGCGUGGUGGGUUGCUUGUCACGUGCGGCGACUUUGGCACGGUGGUUGGAUGAGAUUCGCACGUGGGCACACCCUCCCACGACUGUUUUAUUGCACGUGCUACUCCUGGCUGUGGUGGUAUGUCCGCAUCUGAUCCUCCCCACCUUAUUCAUGUACGCCUUCUUGAUCGUGGCGCUGAGAUUUCGUUAUCGCCUAAGAGUCCCACACAAUAUGGACCCAAGACUCUCCUACGUGGACGCCGUGGGGCCGGAUGAGCUGGAUGAAGAAUUCGAUGGGCUCCCCUCUACUCGUCCAGCUGAUACGGUGCGUAUAAGAUACGAUCGGUUGCGGGCCCUAGCGGGGCGGGCCCAGACGCUUCUGGGUGACGUGGCAGCACAGGGGGAGCGUUUGGAGGCCUUGUUUAACUGGAGGGACCCACGAGCGACGGGAAUUUUUGUGGUAUUCUGCCUCUUCGCAUCUUUACUGUUUUAUGCUGUGCCUUUCAAGGUCUUUGUCUUGGUGGCAGGGUUUUACUACCUCCGCCACCCACGAUUCCGCGACGACAUGCCGUCGGUCCCUGCCAACUUUUUCCGGCGACUACCGUCGCUUUCUGAUCAGAUUCUGUAGGGCGGUGGUGCUGGCGAGUUUGAUGCACUUUCUUGGUGAAUUUGGGUAGCAAGUUGACUUGACUGAAAAUGUGGUUUAUUUAUUAAUAAUUUUUCUUGGGUUUUAAUAUUUUUAUUAUAUUUAUUUUAUUGUUUGGUUCUUCUCUGGGCUUUAAAGUGGUGAAAAGUUGUUCUAAGAAAGGUUAUCGAAGUGCUAAAAGUGACCGUUGUCAUACGGGGCGGUGGACCUUUCCUGCUUAAAUGUAUAAAGAAGAAUUUAAAAUGAACAUUGGACCGUUGG